AUGGAUCAGCGUUACAGUUCACUGCCACCACGAGAACAGUGGUCUUCCUGGGCCGACUUUAUCAUGUCCUGUAUUGGAUAUGCUAUUGGUCUCGGUAAUGUCUGGCGAUUUCCUUACUUAUGUUACCAAAAUGGUGGUGGAGCAUUUUUGAUACCGUAUGUGAUAUCUUUGAUAUUUUGUGGGGCGCCUCUUUUCAUUUUAGAAACAACUUGGGGUCAAUUACUUAGUGUUGGUGGCCUUGGCAUGUUCAAAAUUUGCCCAAUUUUUAAAGGUGUUGGAAUAGCAGCUGCAGUGAUGGCAUUUUGGCUGAAUAUCUACUAUAUUGUCGUCUUAAGUUGGGCAAUGUGUUAUUUAUGGAACUCCUUCAGACUUGACUCAAAUGUUCCAUGGCGAAGUUGCAAUCACGAAUGGAAUACUCCUCACUGUCGCAGUGAAUAUGAACCACUAACUUGUACUAAUAACAAAACUAUUGCUGAAUAUUUCAAUGUGCAGAUACUUACAAAGAAUCACUUAAAUGAAUACCGCAAGCAGUUUUUUGUGGGUUCCAAAUCUAAUUGGACCAUUUGCAAUGCUACCGAUUUAAAUGUGCAGUCACCAGUCAAAGAGUUUUGGAAUUAUCAAGUGCUUGGCAUUAGUUCUGGCAUAGAAGUGCCGGGAGGAUUACGCUGGGAUCUCGCUUUAUUCUUAUUUAUCGCUUGGGCAAUAUGCUAUCUGUGCAUUUUCAAGGGUGUACGAUGGACCGGAAGGGUUGUUUAUCUUACGGCAUCAUUUCCUUAUUUAAUGCUUUUUUGCUUGCUGAUUCGUGGCGUGACAUUGCCUGGUGCAAGUUUAGGCCUUGAGUUCUAUCUCAAGCCAAACUUUUCUAAACUUCUUGAGAGUAAAGUAUGGGUCGAUGCUGUUACGCAAGUUUUCUUUUCAUAUGGUCUUGGCUUAGGAGCUUUAGUCGCACUUGGCAGCUAUAAUUCAUACCAUAACAAUGUUUAUAGGCAAUCGUUGACAGUGUGCUUAGUGAAUAGUAGUACAAGUGUUUUUGCUGGUUUUGUCAUUUUUUCAUUUAUUGGCUUUAUGGCUAUUCAACAAGGCAAAAGUGUGGCUCAAUCAGGUCCUGGAUUGUUAUUUUUAGCAUAUCCAUCUGGAAUUUUACAGCUACCUUAUACAAAUGUUUGGUCAAUUCUUUUUUUCACAAUGGUGCUAUUCUUGGGGAUCGAUUCACAAGCAACGAUAAUUGAUGAGUUCCCCUUCAUGAUACGUGGCAAAAAAUAUGGUCGUGAAUUGUUUGUACUCGCAGUUUGUAUUAUAAGUUACUUAUGUGGUUUAAGUACAGUUACACAAGGUGGCUUUUACGUUUUUCAACUCUUCGAUUUCUAUGCAGCAUCUGGUUGGGCGCUUCUUUGGCUUUUAUUCUUUGAAUGCAUUGCUAUUUCAUGGAGUGUUGGUAUGUAUUUGAAUUUUAAAAAUUUAGGUAUAGACCAAUGGUAUGAGCAUAUGAAGUCGAUGAUGGGUUAUUAUCCAAGUAGAUGGUGGAAAUUUUGCUGGGUUUUUGCAACUCCUACAGUGUGUAUGGAAAAUGCAUUGAGCGAUAAUGUAAAAUUUCCAGAUCGGAGCCGAACCAUAAUUCAGGGUGUGUUAAUUUUUGGAUUAGCAAAGUAUCAGCCACUCCGAAUUGAUGCAUACAAUUAUGAUUAUCCAUUAUGGGGUCAUAUUUUUGGAUGGUUUCUUUCUCUUUCAUCCAUGCUUUGCAUCCCUUUUUAUGGUAUUUUCUUAUGGGCUACCACUGAUGGAACUACGUCACAAAAGUUUGAAAAGCUUUUUCGGCCUAAAAUUCAAUCGAAACUAGAUGGUGAUGCUGGACAAGAAUUGAUGGAAUACGAAAAGUGA